CUGCCGGCUCCUUUAUCGCCGCGUUGAUAAAUGGUUCGCCUCUCGACGUCCAAAACGGCACACGCGACGGGGUGAAAGAAAUGUCCAGCAAACAACCAACUACGUCCGCCAUUCUUCGCGUUUUUCUUCCCGAUACGGAGUCAGUCGGCUAGCGUGAAACAAUGGCGAGCAAUCUUGCGAACGGGCCUGCAGAUCUGUGGACUGUUUACGCCUGGUGGUCGUGUGUUCUCGUUCUAAAGAUGAACGCCCUCACGUGGUUCACCGGGCAAAUUCGAGUCACUAGACGGGUGAUCCACAGCGAGGAGGACAGAAUGUGGUUGAAAGGUUCGGACAUAAUUUUAUGUCCGACCGCAGGCGGCCACGAGGACGUGGAUCGCAUCCGAAGUGCACAUCAACACGAUCUUGAAACUGUAUUACCUUAUCUGCUAAUUACCCCGAUAUGGCUGAGCACGUCACCGCUGUUUCCUCUGGCGAGAAUGAUUCUGCCCGGUUUCGCAGUGGUCAGCAUAUUGUACACGCUGGUUCACACGAAAAUCGUGAACGCGCAUGGCUAUUGUAAAACAAUUUUGUCCACUUUCCAGCUAUGCGUCAUAAUUUACAUGUCCGUCGUAUCUAUACUUUACUAUGCAUAUUGACCCGCAAGGCAAUAAGAUCACG